AUGGCCACGAUGGAAGGAUCUAGCGGGUCGAGCUUUGGAAUAGACACGAUUUUGUCUAAUAGCGGUUCCGGCAGCCCCGGCAUGAUGAACGGAGACUUUCGCCAGCUAAACAGCGAUGCCAGGACAGCGGAUUUUAGAAACCAGGCCACCCCGUCCCCUUGUUCGGAGAUAGACACAGUAGGGACGGCUCCUUCGUCCCCCAUCUCAGUCACCAUGGAGCACCCCGAGCAGCAUCUGGUGCAAGAGCAUCACCAUCUCCAUCACAGCCAGCAGCAGCAGCAACAAAGUUUGCAGCAAUCACCCCAACAGCAACAACAGUUGGGCUCGGGCAACUCGGCCCCCAGGACUUCCACCUCUUCUUUUUUAAUUAAAGACAUUUUGGGCGACAGCAAACCGCUGGCGGCUUGUGCACCCUACAGCACCAGUGUCUCCUCUCCCCAUCACACCCCAAAACAAGAGGGCAACGCAGCCAACGAGAGCUUCAGGCCAAAACUAGAGCAGGAGGACAGCAAAACCAAACUAGACAAACGCGACGAUACGCAGAAUGAUCUCAAAUGCCACGGGACGAAAGAAGAAGGCGACCGGGAGAUUACAAGUAGCCGGGAUAGCCCCCCAGUCCGAGCGAAGAAACCUCGGAAGGCGAGGACGGCCUUUUCGGACCAUCAGCUCAAUCAGUUGGAGAGGAGCUUUGAGCGGCAGAAGUAUUUGAGCGUGCAAGACCGCAUGGACCUUGCUGCGGCUCUCAACCUGACCGACACGCAGGUCAAAACCUGGUACCAGAACCGGAGGACGAAGUGGAAGCGGCAGACGGCGGUGGGACUGGAGCUGCUGGCCGAAGCUGGGAAUUAUUCUGCUCUCCAGAGGAUGUUCCCCUCUCCCUAUUUCUACCACCCGAGCUUGCUGGGCAGCAUGGACAGCACGACAGCGGCUGCAGCGGCGGCCGCCAUGUACAGCAGCAUGUAUCGGACUCCCCCAGCUCCGCACCCUCAGCUCCAGCGGCCCCUGGUGCCCCGCGUGCUCAUCCACGGCCUGGGGCCCGGGGGUCAGCCCGCGCUCAACCCCUUGGCCAACCCUAUCCCGGGUACCCCGCACCCCCGGUGAGAGCUCACCGCUGUCCCAGCAACUAGCCCCCACCUCUCCCCCCAAAUAAAAACCGGCCACCAAAAGCAGGAGCUAAGCAACUGAGGGGGAGAUGAAAGGGGGCCAGGAGCUUCUGAAGGCAGCCAAGAGCCAGCCACGGAGACGAUUCCAUCAGAGCAGGGACUUUUGAACCAUGAACCCAGAGCCGAUCCAGUAAGUGAAACAAACCCAUCGAACAAACCUCCAGGAGCUCGGAAGGAGAGACUGCGGGAGGGAGGGAGCCGGACCCGAGCCAGCAGAGACUCCGGAGCACAGAGGGAUACAAAGAACAAACCUCCCGUCACACAGCGCGGAAGACCGGGGUAACGGAGAACUUUGCACUGAUUUCUCAUGACCUUUUUUCUUAUUGAAAAGUGGCAUGCUCCGUAAUCUGAAAGGAAAUGUACAUUUGAACAGACUGAGUGCGAAGUGAUAUAUCAUAUUUAUUAUAUGUUGUCAAAAAUUCACUUAUAUACCUUACUAAAAAAAUACAUGAUUUCUC